AUGACUGUCCUGAUCUCGCGGUGGAUCGAGCUCUUUCUGUGCUCCUCGUCCUCGUUGAUCGAUGAGCUGAAACUGUUGUGGUUGAGGCUGCUGGACUGGGAAGAGUUCGUGUUCGCGAAGUCUGGUCAGCUCCUCCCUCGCGAAGUGCAGCUACUCCUCGGCCUGGGCGGCCCUGAAGUUCAUUUCCUGCGCAGUCCAGUCUUUUUCAGUCCCCUAAGAAGGGCUGCCGGCAGUCCUGGCCGCCAGGUUCUCGAAGUCUGCGGCAAGGCGAAGAGUGUGGGCGAGCAUGAGCUGGCAGAAGUCGGUGGACUCGGGCUGGCGGGGGCGGCUGCUCGGUCAGGAGGGGCUCGAGUCGUUAUUGAUGAAAGCCAAAAUGAGUUCAAAGAAGACUGUCCGCAAGCAGUCUCUGGCCAGCAGGACCGCAGAGCCCCCUCCCGCACAGGCGACCGGCUCUCCUACUCGCAGCCCAGGGCUCGUUCUCGCCUGGAAGUGCGGGGCGGUACCACCACCCUGCUGCGCCCGGUCAAGGGCUUUCAGAAGUUGAAUGUGCUGGGCAAGGGUGCUUUCGGCAAGGUCUGGCUGGUGUCGGAUGGGCUGGGCAGACUGUUCGCCAUGAAGGAGAUGUCGAAGCUGAAGGUGCUCAAGAAGGAGUCCGUGCAGAGCGUUCUUAAUGAACGCCUCCUUCUUGAGGAAUUGAGGCACCCCUUUCUCGUCAACAUGGUGCAGGCCUUCCAGACGGCACGGAAUCUGUACCUGAUCCUGGAAUACGAAUCGGGCGGAGACUUGCGGGCGCACAUGCUCCAGCGGGGCAGGUUCAGUGAGGAACACAGCCGGUUCUUCAUGGCGAAUCUGGUUCUGGCGGUCGAGUACCUGCACAGCUGCAAGGUGAUCCAUCGAGACAUCAAGCCUGAAAACAUCGUGGUCACCAGAGACCACUUCCUGAAGCUGACCGACCUGGGCAUCAGCGUGGUCCAGGGCAGGGACCGGCUGGACUCGAGCGGCACCCCCGGGUACAUGUCGCCGGAAGCCAUCUGCUCGCACGAGCAGGGACUGGCUUCUGACAUGUUCGCACUUGGGGUGAUCGCUUUCGAACUGAUGUUCGGCAGGCGGCCCUACACCGGUGGCAGCCGCAAGGAGAUCCGGGACAAAAUCCUGAGCCACCAGGUCGCCAUCGCCCUCGGUGAAAUACCCGAGGGGUGGUCCGUCGAAAGCGCGGACUUCAUUAACCAGCUGCUGCAGCGCAAGCCGGAGCAGCGGCUUGGCUGGCAUGGGGUGGUGCAAGUCAAGGCGCACCCGUUUCUGAGGGACUUUCCGUGGGGCAGGCUGAGCUGUCGGGAACUACGGGCGCCGUACAGAGGGAAGGUGAGCGCGGCGGAGCAGGGGCUGGACACAGAGGAGCCGAUGGAGGGGAAAGUGGACAAGGCCCUGUUCCGGGGGUAUACAUUCGCGUCGGGGAGUGAUGAUUACUUUUAG